AUGAUCACCCUUUCAAAACAUCCAAUUCUCCUUGUAGUCACUUACUUGUGCUCGAUUAUCCUCCCAGCUCUCUCCGUGAGGCGCGGCGAUUUCAAAACAUGCGAUCAAGCAAGCUUCUGUAAACGGAACCGGGCCCGAGCCACUCGAGCUCAAUCUGCCGAAUUUUCUCCUUCAUGGCGAUCACCUUAUAGGAUUGCAGAGCCACCAGUUUGGAUGGCUGAAGAACGGACCCUGCGUGCUCUCUUGACCAAUGAACUAUAUCCUCAUAUUAGUUUUGCACUCAAUGCCAGCUUUGUGAGCGACAGCGAAGGCACGAUGAGGAUCAAAGUCGAUCAAGUUGGGGGUUUACGUCAACGAUACAACGAAGCUGAUCGUUGGACUUUACUUCGACAACCUUCCCUGACGAAUCAAGAUGACUUGAAAAUAAAUAUCGAAACCGAACAAACAGUGGUAGACUGGGGUCAGAGUUUAGAACACGAUCAUCUCUACCGGUUCUCGUUAAGCUACCACCCGCUUCUCGUCACGCUCUAUAAAGAUGGUGUACCUCACAUUGUGCUCAAUGAACGAGGGCUGUUCAACAUGGAGCACUUUCGUGAGAAGUCAGCGGGUCAAGAUCCUGCCGCACUUCAGGACGGCUUGAAUAUCCACGAAUCCAGCGAUGGUAAAGUUGCUCCUCCCAUCGACCUCAUUCAUCCCGGUUUCAAAGAUGUGGAUGAAGAGGGGAUGUGGGACGAGAACUUCGGAGGGCGGACUGACAGCAAACCCAAAGGCCCGGAAUCCCUCAGUCUGGAUAUAACUUUCCCUGGCUAUCAACAUGUUUAUGGUAUUCCAGAACAUGCUUCCCCACUCUCUCUGAAAACUACGCGCGGAACCGAUUCGGCAAAUAAGGAGGCCUACACCGAUCCAUAUCGUCUAUGGAACUUGGACGUUUUCGAAUACGAAGCCGAUUCUGAAAUGGCUCUCUAUGGCGCGAUCCCUUUCAUGAAAGCUCACCGAGCUGGAUCGACUGUCGGAGUUUUUUGGCUCAAUGCGGCUGAAACCUGGAUUGAUGUCGAAAAAAUACCAACAAAAGCUGAAGUUAUGAGAACAUGGAAGCAAGGCAAAGCUCAGAAGAAAGCUGGUAUCGAUCAAGGUCCCAAUGCUAUCACCACCACCACACAUUGGAUGAGCGAAAGUGGGAUUCUGGACCUCUUUCUUUUCUUGGGUCCCAGCUCGAGAGAUAUCUUCUCUUCGUUUGGUUCACUGGUCGGCACCACCCUCAUGCCACCUUACUUUUCGAUAGCCCACCACCAAUGUCGAUGGAAUUACGUCAGUCAAGAGGAUCUAUUGGAUGUGAUCAGUAAUUUCGAUAAGCAUGAUAUACCCUUGGAUGUCAUAUGGCUCGAUAUCGAAUACGCUGAGGAACACAAGUACUUUGUCUGGGACAAGAAAGCGUUCCCAGACCCUUUGAAGAUGAUCGCAACUCUAGAAGCAACUGGUCGCAAGCUCGUUACAAUCGUCGAUCCGCAUCUCAAACGGUCUUCAGAUUACUAUGUCUACAAGGAAGCUGUCGAACACGACGUUCUUGUGAAGCUUCCAGAUGGAUCCGAAUACGAAGGUUGGUGUUGGACCGGAUCGUCAAGUUGGACUGAUUACUUCAACCCCAAGACAUGGGACUGGUGGGCUGGUUUAUUCAAAUUCAAUAAGUACAGAGAGAGUACUGUUAAUGUCCAUAACUGGCUAGAUAUGAACGAGCCUUCCGUCUUCAACGCACCUGAGAUCACCCUACCUCGUGACAACAUCCACUUCGGGGGUUGGGAACAUCGGGAUGUUCAUAACCUGAAUGGGAUGUUGACUCACAAUCAAUCUAACCGCGGAUUGCAAGAAAGGACGUCACCGCCAAUGCGUGGCUUCGUCUUGUCCCGGUCCUAUUUUGCCGGUAGUCAGCGUUACGGUGCGAUAUGGCAAGGUGACAACAUGGGUACCUGGGAUCACCUCAAAGUCUCGAUACCUAUGCUGCUGAGCAACGCAAUCGCUGGGAUGGCUUUUAAUGGAGCCGACGUUGGAGGCUUUUUCGGUAACCCUUCAAACGAGAUGUUAGUCAGAUGGUAUCAGGCAGGAGCUUUCUUCCCGUUCUUCCGGGCGCACGCUCACAUCGACACAAAACGAAGGGAGCCAUAUCUUUUCGAUGAGCCAUUCCGCGGUUACAUGGUUGGUAUGAUCAAACUUAGAUAUACACUGUUACCAGUGUGGUACACGUCGUUCUUUGAAAACACUUUCACAGGUGUUCCUAUGACUGUCCCACAAUACGUGAUGUUCCCAGAUGAUGAAGGGUGGAUUUGCGAUUGA